AGUAAAGAUUAUUAUUCUUAUUAUUACCUGUCCUCCCGUGUUCUGCACACACGGUGGGCAUGGAUAGCUGACCAUCACAGCACUCGCACCUCACCGGGAUAACACCGAUAUUUGUUGCUGUUGUUUACUAAGUACAACAAAGAGUACAGUAAGAGACAAAGAAAAGGCCGGACGCACACACACACACGGAAGCUAACACCCGUGAUCACUCCUAUUGAUAGAAAUAAAAAAUAGAAACGGGAAAACAAAACUGAAGACGAAGAGAGAGCUUGGCAUCGCGCCACUCAAUCGGUAGCGUCGACGUGCCCUUCAGCACAGCAGCCGCUUCUUUGCUGUUGUUGUUUAAACACUCCCCUCAUUCUAUAUAUAUAUAUAUUUGAGUGCAUACAGCAGUCAAUGCGACGCGUCGGUCCCUAUGAAAUCCCCUUCCCUUAUGCGCCCUACCCGCUUCAAGAGCACGCCAUGACGGCUCUGCGCGAGUUCCUCGAGGAGGCGACAACCGCCGCCAGCACCGCCAACAAACCGGCGCGGGGCACAAGCCAUCACCCUGCAGCGACGGCGAUGGCGGUGCUGGAGUCGCCCACCGGCACCGGUAAGUCUCAGAUGCUGUUGAACACAGUUCUUUCCUGCCUGUUUGAGCCUGUCUGCCCAAUGGAGAGCAAGACGGGUGCGAAGGACAAGGACGUGGCUGCUGCACCGUCAACAGCCGGCGCCUCCGCGGAUGGCAACGCGGCAUCUUGCACCAGCAAGACGGAUGCUGAAUCCAGCGGUGCGUCGAUGGACAAAAAUGGCAGCGUCGCCACCGCGUCUUUCUCUGCGCCGAGGACGCUGGAGGAGGUGCUCCGGCAGCGCCAACUCGAAGAGGAGAUCAAUCAGCUCCGGCGCGAGCGCAAGGCACGGGUCAAGGCGCAGCGCCGUCUUCUGCGGAGAGCUCGCAAGUUUAUGCGUUUUCAAUCCCAGCAGCAACAGCAGCAACAAGCAGGUAGUCACAAGGGUGAGGCGGGUGGUGAGGAGUAUCUUCUCGCGCAGGACCCGGUAGCUUGGUACGCCGAGCAGCAGCAGCAGCACGCCUCCGCCGGCGUGUCAUCCCGCUCCCUUUCAUCUUCGUCUUCCUCCGCGUCGUCUUCGGUGUCAUCUGAUCUCGAUGAGGCGAGUAGCGACGCCGGAGACGCAGAAGGGGCGCUGGAAGAAAACCUGGCCACGAUGAUUCCGCUACGCAAGCCGAAGGUGUACGUCGCGAGUCGCACGCAUACGCAGCUGCAGCAGCUCAUGGAGGAUCUUCAGCGCACCGCUUUUGCGCAGCACCCCCUACGUGUGCGCAGCCCAACGUCACAGUCAUCCUCCUCAACAACACCAGCAGCAGCACGAUCAUUAUUGCCACCACCACCACCACCACCGUCAGACGCGCUGUCACUCUCUACCUCACAAACACACCAGCCCUCGGAGAACGCAGAAGCAAGCCGCGAUGACCCGUCAACGACGGUAUCUUCUCCUCCUCCUCUUCCGCCCACUGCCUCCGCCGAGGGGAGGAGCAGCAGCCAUCAUCCUGGCACCUCCUCGCUCCAUCGCCUCUUCGCCGUACACGUCGCCGGCCGGCAGCACCUCUGCCUGAACGCCCGUCUUCAGCGCAAAGCCGGCGGCCUGAACAGCGGCGGGGAAAUGCUGAACCACUACUGCCGAGAGGCGAUGCAGUACGAACGCUCGCAGCAAGGUCGCGCGGAUCGGCGGCGGCGACGGCAGCAGCAGCAUCAAGGCUUGUCCUCCGUCGACAGCAACGGCAACGGGGCCUCUACGGAGAAGACGAAGCGCAGCGCACUCGGCGCAGUGUACGACAUCGAGGACUACGCCUCGCCUCGCGGUGCUCCUUAUUCCAUGAAGAAGACGCACCAAAGCGUGAAGGCAGCCAACGGCCGUGGCGGAGAUGCGGAGGACGAAGAGGGCGAAGCGACCGAUGACGAAGAUAAGGGCUGCGUGUUCUGCGCAGAGUCGCAUCUACGGGCCUUGAUGGAGUACAUCACUGCGGAACAGCACGCACAGCAGCGCGCCGAUCGCGACGCCGCAGCCACGCCUCUUCCCACUACUUCGGACAGUGCUGCGAGCGACAACAGCCGCCACCAUGAUCAUCCGACUCAGAGCGGCGCAUCGCCGCCGUGGACGCCCUCCGCCUCCAUCUACACGAUGGCGCGUCUGCGGCACCUCGGGCGGGAGCUGCAGGCGUGUCCGUACCUGGCGACGCGGCUGCUCCUACGCGGUGCGGAUGUGGCCUUCAUCCCCUACAGUUAUUUACUCGAUGAAGGUCAGCGGACGGCGUUGCUGGGCGGGGUCACGACGAACCCGGCGACCGCGGCGGAGGCGGAGGCCGUCGGGCUGCACAGCCCAGACGACGUAGAGAACGACGUGUCCGCGCCUCACGUGGUGGGUCGUGUCGAGGCGGAGAGGGUGCUGGACGGGGCUGGAUACGAAGCGUACGGCGGUGCUUCUCCUCGGACGGCAGAGGGCGCCACAACUACAGCAGCAUCAGCGUCGCCAACGGCGCCUGCCGUGUCGCUUGGCGCUGUGCUCUACCACCGACGGCAGCGCGUGACCGCCACCGCAGCUUUCCGCCAGCGACGCAAGCACCAACAACAACAACAACAAGCGGAAGAGGAGACACACAUCAUGCGAAAGGGCUGUUGCCCACCUGUCAGCACGACAGGAGCAACUCGGCGAGCAAAAGAUGAUGCGAACGAUGACGGAGAUGUGUGGCACGUUAUGGCCCGCAGCGCACCGCCCUCCUUUCGCGGCGACGUUCUCGUCUUCGACGAGGCGCACAACAUCGCCGAUCACUGCCGCACGACCAGCACCGUUCCUCUCUCCCCGUGGCACCUGCAGCUCGCAGAAGGGCUAUGCAGCGCGUACCUUCGCCGCUAUGAGACGCGGUUGCUGACACGCAACAAGCAACGGCUACGCGAGCUGAUUCGUUUUCUGGGGAAGCUUACACGAUUCUGCACAGGUGCAGCGACAACCACUUCUGCUGUCACACAUCAAGGUGUCACGGCAGGCGCGUCGGGGUCGCUUGUGUAUCCCUUUCACACCUUCCUCUUCGAAUCUGGCAUCGACAACGUGGAUGUUUACUCCCUUCUCCUCUUCCUCGUGGACUCCCAGCUGCUCGUAAAGCUGCAAGGCUUCGUGGGGUACUGCCUGGAAAGAGAAAAGUCGGACGCUAAGACAGCGGCGGCAGAAACCGGCGCAGCAACCGCACGAGGUACGCUGACGAGGGUGAAGCGGAGUCGUGGCAGCACGGCAGAACGUGCAAGCGAAGUGCCCGUCGACGAGCGGCAGCGACAACGGCGCUUCCUUGCGUCGCUCGACGCAGACACCACGGCACAAAGCGGGCCAGAUCCAUUAAAGUCGUCGUGUCCCCUCGCGAACAGACCGCCGUGCGAAACGUCCUCUUCCGCUUCUUCGUCCUCUUCAUCGUUGACCCUUACAACUCUUCUUCACGCUCGCGAUCUCCCCGACGGCAACGGCGGUGGUUUCGCCGCCUCGCUCGACGCUGCUCGACAGCGUGCGGUGGUCGCAGAGGCCUUGCAACGCAUUGAGCGUCUGCUGUGCAUGCUGUAUGUCUCCGACACCGUCUCCACGCGCGUUCUGUGGACUCCGCCUGCCAUCACCUCCUCCGCACCGGGUGGUGGUGGUGAGAGUGUGGGAGCGGUGGCGCACGAGGGGGGACUGAAGUUGAUUCAGCUGGAGCCUGGCACGCACACCUUUGUCCCCCUCGCACGCGAGGCGACGGCGGUGGUGCUGGCAGGAGGUACGAUGCAACCGCUCGCGUUGACCUGCGGGCCCUUGCUUCCACUGGGUCAUGGCCACAUCCUCAGUGAUAAUGCGGCAUCGAUAGUUAGGAUGGCAGAGCACGGUGAGUGCGACGAGGGUGCUGGUCGUCGUGCAGGCAGCACAUCCGUGCGUGCGCCGCCGCCGAUUGCGUCUGCUGCCGCUGCCGUUUCAGCCGUUGGGUGUUGUGAGGCGGAUGGUGAGUUCCCGGUGCGGCUCAUCUCUGAAGGUCACGUCGUGCCGCCGACGUCGGUGCGCGUCUUCACGCUCGGCACCGGGCCCAGCGCCGUUCGGCUGGAGUUCACGCAGCAACUCCUCGGCCACCGCAGCAGCAAAGCGUCCGCACUGAGCGCGACCACCACCGUAAGCAAUAGUGGUAGUAGCAGCAUGAGGAGUGGUGGUGGUGGCGGCGGUGGUGGGGUCGUCGGCGCUGAUGCGGCGGAUCGCCUGUUCGCGGAAGUCGGGUGUUCUCUCCUCAACCUCUCACGCGUCCUGCCUGCGGCAGGGACGAUCUGUUUCUUCACCUCGUACGAUAUGAUGGACCGCACGGUGGACGCGCUGCGGCGGACGGGGUACUACGACGAGAUCAACGCGGUGAAGCGCAUCUUUCGCGAGACCCGCGGCGGUAAAGGCAGCGCGCCCAACAGUGGAGGUGGUGGUGGUAGAGGGGGAGGGGGAGGAGGAGAUGCGGCCGGCGUUGCGAAGAUGCUUCAGCAGUACCAAAACUGGAUCUACGGCGACGAUGUCGAUGCCUUCCCAACCCCCUCUCCAGCCCCCUCGCUGACCACUAAGAAAACGGCUCGUCGUGGUGCGCUGCUGCUUGCGGUGAUGGGCGGCCGCUUGUCGGAGGGCAUCAACUUCGCCGACGACCUCGGCCGUGCCGUGGUGGUGAUUGGCAUGCCCUACGCGAACCCGACCGAUGUGGAGCUCCAGCUGAAUCUACGGCACAUCGCCGCGACACGGUUGCGCUGUGCCGAUGCGACGACGACGCAGACGUCGCAGACUGUGCAGAGCAACUCCACAGCAGGUGCAACGACGGCAUCUCCCUUCACGUCGGCGGCGGAGUGGGGUCUGUACAUGGACGGCAUGAUGCGUACGGUGAACCAGUGCAUCGGCCGGUGCAUUCGUCACUCGGGCGACUACGCCGCGAUCAUUCUGAUCGACGCGCGCUACGGGGAGCGGGAGGAUGUGCGCCGCCGCGUCUCGGCGUGGCUGCAGCCCUCGUUGCGGGUGUGUCGCUCCUUUGGGGAGUGCUUCGCAGGGGUGCGUACGUUUUUUGAGGAGCGCCGCACCGCUCAAGAAACGGUAAAGCACCUCUGA